AGUGGGCAAGCUGCAGAUAGGGAACCUGACCACAGCGUAGUAACACGAAGUGACGCACCAGCAUGGAGCUCGAGGCGCUGAUGGAGACUGGCGCCAGCCUGGGCCUGACCGGGGAUGACCUGAGACGCUGGAUCGACGAGGAGCGCCGGACGGACCGCGAGCAGAGGACGGCCGCCGAGAGAUACCGGGGCGCGCACAUGGACCCGCAGUCCUGGGAGAAGAUGGAGAAGGAGCGCCACUCGCUCGAGCUGCAGGAGCGACUGCGCCAGGUUGGCGCCCUCACCGACUCCUCGUACCCGAUAGUACCGCACAACAUUUCUCAGGGAGACAAGGGCGCCUGCGGUUACAGGUACGAUGCCCACGUGGAAACAGGCAGCAAUGGCGUCUGCACAUUCCUCCUCACCGCCAUAUCCAUAUUCUUUAUCAUCUUGACGUUUCCCCUGUCGCUGUUGAUGUGCAUCAAGAUCGUGCAGGAAUAUGAGAGAGCCGUCAUCUUCAGACUCGGUCGCCUUGUCAAAGGAGGAGCACGAGGACCAGGACUUUUCUUCAUCAUUCCUUGCAUUGACAACUAUACCAAAGUCGACUUGAGAACCGUAUCGUUCGACGUGCCACCUCAAGAGAUCCUGACCAAGGACUCGGUGACCGUCGCGGUGGACGCUGUGGUGUACUACCGCAUUCAGAAUGCCACCGUGGCCGUGACCAACGUGGAGGACUACGGGCGCUCGACGCGCCUCCUGGCGGCCACUACUCUACGCAACGUGCUCGGUACCAAGAGCCUCUCUGAGAUUCUGUCCGAGCGCGAAGCCAUCAGCCACACCAUGCAGGCAAACCUGGACGAAGCCACUGAUGCCUGGGGAGUGAAAGUCGAGCGAGUCGAAAUAAAAGACGUCCGGCUGCCGGUACAGAUGCAGAGGGCCAUGGCAGCGGAAGCUGAAGCAUCCAGAGAGGCCCGCGCUAAGGUGAUCGCGGCCGAGGGCGAACAGCGCGCGGCGCGCUCCCUCAAGGAGGCGGCCGAUGUCAUUUCGGAGUCUGGACCAGCGCUGCAGCUGCGUUACCUGCAGACGCUCACCUCCAUUGCGGCCGAGAAGAACUCUACAAUCGUCUUCCCGCUGCCCAUGGAACUCCUCAAGGGGCUACUCGCUCUAGACCGAACUUCUAGUCAAGACCUCUGAGAACAAAGCCUGGAAGCGAAGCUGCGCACCCCCGGGACAUCGAAGGGACGUCGGUGGAGCCACAAGCGCCAUUGGUACCAAAGAAGAUUGCCUUCGUUGCAUUACACGCACCCAAGUCAUCAGACGUUGCUGUGCGCACUGAUUUGUGCUUGCGUCUCCCGUUGCCCAUUUGACCCACUUCCGCUCGAACUCGGGAGCAAAGACUCGAACCACCAGCUGUUAUAUACGAGUCUGUGGGUCCUGAAUAACGUGGCGAGAUCAUGAGCGAAGGAGAGCAGGGGUGUCCUCGUCGCUGUUGCUAAAAAAAAAGAGAAGAAAAAGCGCUGACGUUCUUGUUGCCGUCGGCGCCGUAAACAUACUUCAAAUAUGAUAACAACGCUGCUUCAUUGCGAAACGAAAGGCGUGUGACAAUUAAUUUACAUUGAACAUGUAGAGUUAUAGACCACAACGCAUAGUCCAAAUUAUUGAAAUAUGUUUAUUUACGCAGUAAAAUGUUGACCGGUGGAGCGUUGAUCGUGUUAUCUCUUAACAAAAGUACGUCGAUGUACAAAUUUCGUGGAUUUUUUUUUUCGAUAGCUUUAAUUAGUGAUACAGUUUGUAUAUAAGUGAAUGGAACAAGCCUGUUUCUAACCACAAGUGCCUCUGAACAAGCGAUGACGGGUCGUAUAUAAUGUAUAUCAGUCGCACAUUUCGUGAAAUGACGCGUUCGCGAAAAUGUGAAAUACUGAUGUGUCGGGAAAGGGUUUCCUGGGAUAAUUUUCCGCAGAUGACAUGACAUGUCUUCUGGAUCGAAAUACACUUGUUGCGUGUUGUGACGGCUAUGUGCUUACACGAUGUUAAACCACACAGUCCGGUCCCUCUUCUGUGGGCCACCUAUGUUAUGGGCCAUCCAGUCUACGAACACCGCAUGAAUAUAUUGUUGAGCGCCAGUCGAUAUUCGAAAGCCCUUUACAACAGAGCUGUAUAUGGCACACCUCCUUGAUUUCUUCGUGUUGCUGUCCGUGAGCGAAAACCUCUAGCGCCCUCUAAGGAGCAGCAGAAGAACUAACUUCAAUGCAUUAGUUCUUCCACCGCUCUCUGAAGGGCACGUGGAUGGAUGGAUGAAUAAACUUUAUUUCGGUCCCUCGGAACGCGCCCUAGCACGUUGCGGGCCGCUCCCACGUCGGAACAGAAAGACCAAGUCUCUCUGCUGCGUCGCGGGCCCGUUGGACUGCCCAUAGUUGUGCUUCGAGUCAGGAGCUUGUAAUAGCUUCUUCCCAUUUUGACGGCGUGAUGACUUCGCCGCCGUGUAACGCGGGGCACCGCCAGAGCAUAUGUUCGAGAUUAGCGAUAGAUAGAUAGCGAAGGGCACGUGGCGUUUUAUCAAUUUGAAGUCACAGGAACGGGAAAAGUACCGCGACCGUCCUGCCCGCCGCCAUAUUUGGUCCAGCGCGGCCGAAGCUUCGGCGGCGCGGUGUUGAUUUCCCGCGGAGUAACGCAUGUUUUACGCAUUGCGUGCGCUUUUGCAGCCCCGAAUGAAGCAUACCGUUGUUCUCUAACUAAUAAGGAAAAAAAUAGCGGCAGUUGUCACUUGCCUACAUGCGCACGCGUACUAACGCGAUAAAGAAAUGCGAACUGCGUGGCAUUUACGCGCUCGCCUGUCGGCAUUUAUUAAAUGCGAAUCAUUUCUUAGCGAACUUCUGCGAGUUUGAACGUAGUAUCUAUCUAUCAGCCCACGACUAUGUGCUCUCCUGGCCGUUUAGUUAAUAGGAUGUAUACCAAAUUUGGUAUGACAUAACAUGACUGUAUGACGAAUAUAAACUACAGGUGGUAACAUGAAAAUAAUGACGUGUACGGCAUGAUUUACAUGGCACGUUCAUGGUGCUCUCGCGGCCGCUUCGCUAGCGUGAUACACACCAAAAUUGAUAUGGCGUGACAAGAGUGUAUGACGAACAUAAGUUACUGAUCAUAACGUGUAAAUCAUGGCAGGCAUACCCUGUAAAACAUAAUUUGCAUGACAUGGACUCAGGGCGCUGGCGGUCGUUUAGUGAAAUGCAUAUGCCAAAAUUGAUAUGACGAGAUAUUUCUGUAUGAUGAACGUUAGUGACAGGUGGUAACAUGAAAAUCAUGAUUUGUAUGUCAUGUACAGCAUCACUUACUUGCCACGUUCAUGGUGCGCUCGCGGCCGGUUCGGUAACUUGAUGUAUACACCAAAAUUGGUAUAGCGCGAGGUGGCUGUGUGACGAACUUGAAUGAUAGGUGGUGACGUGAAAACCAUGACAUGCAUUACAUGUACGGCAUGGUUUACAUUACACUGUCUUUGUGCACUUCCGGCCGUUUUGUUAACUGGAUGUAUACCAAAUUUGGUAUGGCAUGACGUGCGUGCGUGACGAACAUAAAUUACAGGUCAUGCGUUGUAUAUACCAGAUUCUACAUGCAUGCAUGCAUGACAAACAUGCGAUAUAUAGUGAACUAGAUGUCAUGACAUGAAUGAUUUCAUCUGCCUCAAAGACGAACAAGGCGAUAUAUGCAGCUCUUUGCUGGCUGCUUCGCAUUAAAUUGAUUCCCACAAUGCGUGGAAUCUGCUGGAUUGACACAAAAGGCACAAUUAUACAGUCACGUCACGCGCUACCAAUAUUGGUGCAUAUCAAGCCAGCGAACCGGCCGCAGGUGCACCAUAAGCAUGGCAUAUAAAUCAUGGCUUACAUGACAUGCGUGUCAUUAUUUUCAUGUUACCACCUGGUAUUUAUGUUCGUCAUUCAGUCACGUCACGCAAUACCAGUCUGUAGCAGUCAGUUUUCAUGGUACACUGAUCGUUAUAUGUGAGCCCAAAGGCGUCAUUUAUGCCAAACAUAAUCAAGAGCUGCCCGGCAAUGUUAUUGUGCAUGAACCUUCUGCAGCAGCCACGCGAAACAAGCUGCACUAGUGCAGCGGAGACGCCAACAUUCCCCGAAACAGCAUUUGCGAAUUGUCAAUGAAACGCUUGCCUCACAAAGGCGGGUGUAAGUCGUGGAAACAAAUUUUUUGCGCCGUAUUCUGUGCAGCCACACAACCCGUCGCUUGGCAUCCUUUUUCCCGCUGGGAAUAGCAAAGAGGGCUUUCCCGCUUCCCGCCGGUUGCUGCUCCCGAAAGCGCAGCCGGCGCAGCACCCAUGCCUUCUUUUGAUGCCUCGACAGGCUUGCGAUGUAGUGUCAAAACGGCACGGGAUGUAGUAAAGUUCCUGCACGCUUUUCUGAGGCUAUCAAAACAAUCGCCCUUCAGGUAGGUAGGUAAACAACUUUAUUGAUUCGUGAAAGAAUCAUGUGAGGGGGGUGUGUGGGGAGAAGCGGAAGCAGGACGACGAUGAGCCCUCGGGCCGCUCUAGGUGGCCGGACACUUCUGUGCUUCGGUGACCCCUCUGGCCCAGCCCACUGUCCGGAGCUGUAACUCCGGUUGCGAGCUGCGCAGAGCAGCCUCCCAUCGCUCCUGGUGUUCUGACCCUUGCCAGGGGGGCUUGGGUUUGUUUGGGCAAUUCACAAAGACGUGAUUGAAGUCGGCUCUGGUGCUCGGACACAAGUUGCAAUGAGGAGAAGUUUCGCCAUGCGUAAUCGCCCUUCAAAGCGCAAUGCGUCGGCGGCCGGGAGACGCUAGCGAAGCGACCGAGCUGGACCAUUUAUGUGGCGAAGCCGCCGAAAGGGCGUGGCGGCGAAGAGAAAAAGAACGCGGUACUUUUCCCGUUCCAGUGACUUUAUAUCAAUUUAAUGCUUCAAGUGUGUACUUGAAACAUUAAACUGAUAAAACCUCUGGUGUCCUCUAGGGAGUGGUGGAAGAACUAAUGCAUUAAAGCGAUAAAAAUCAGUGAGUGCGUGUUUCGCCACGUCAGUUGAUUAGUGGCCACGUCAGGAUUAGAGGUGGCACUGUCGUACGUAGCAAGUGUGGGAUCCCACUGCAAGAACGCGCGAGAUGCAGCGAGCUUAUGAUGAACGGCAACGAGAGCAGAGACGGGAGUUCGCCCGUCAGCACCGCUGGUCACCCACCAUCACCGGAUGAAAUGGUCUCGUAUUUUUAGAGUUGGCCCUGUUCGCGAUUCGCCUUGUAGCCAACUUGGAAUUCCUCAUGUAACUGCAUAUAAUUUUUCCGCGCGCGCGACGCUUUACCAAGUGCACAAACUCAUUACGCGCUAGCCCGCUAGAAAAAAAUAAAGGAAUAGUUUGCGCGCAUGAGUGGCAGCCAAGGCUCGGCGAAACAGCAGGAUACAAUUGCUUUGAGGUGGUGUGUAGUGGUUGCCAUUGUUUUGAGGUGAGCUUGUCAGGUAUGCGGGGAGUUGCGUGACCUCCAACCGAAUGCAAUGACGGGGCAAGUGAGCAGCCUCCAGGUGACUGCACUAUAUACAACCGCUCCGACUUACGACAAAAGAAGCUUUGUCUACGCGCAUGUACUACAUUUCACGCAUCGCAUCGCGCAACGGAAUUCGUUACGCGUAACUUGGCGUCGUGCCCUGUUGCGAUUUCAACACGUAAGUGCGCAGUGGAGGUUGGGGAGCUGGGUUAUUAAAAGAGUCGCUACGCAAGAUAAAACGAAAAACUAAGAAAUACACUGAAGUGUUUUUUUUUUUAACCCAGUAGCCGAUUUGGGGACAAUUCGUGUACAGUAAAUUGCGGGAAAGGGUCGAGCACACAGCGCCGUGGAACGGAAGCUGAGUUAUUCGUGGGACCAAUUGGUCGUGGGCCGCGGAAAAUUCGCGACAACCGCUCAAAUCAGGCCAUCGUGCACUUAAGCCCGUCGGACCCGAUAUACAAUUUUAAAAAAAAGAAGAAACAACGUCAUACGUUUAGAAGGCGACAUCGACUGUCAAAGGUAAAUCGGCAAAUUGUAUAUUAUCUCUGUUACUGCGCAGUAUACUCACAUCAGAGACUUACACCAGAAGCAUGCGAAGUAAAUUAGUUAUUCGAGCUAACGCACAAAAAGGAGUACCAGUCGAGGGAUCUUAGCUCUAGUUCGAAAUUUUCAAGAGCAUGAAACUACAAAAAAAAAUAUUCGCGACUUAUACGAAUUAUACUUGGAAACUGAAUGCCUAUGUUGAAAACCUUGGACACCUUUGGAUUCCAAGCUACCCGUCUUAAGCGGCGAGAGAACUUGCAGUCUCGUCGAUAUCUUGCUGCGGUACCUCAGUCAGGUGUGUACGUUAUGCAACUAUAGCCGCUUGUUCACUGUCUACAGAAAUAUAUCGCAAUUUGGAAACGAAGCGUUAGUUGCACGCUCAGGUUACGCGAAUGUGGUGAGAACAGGUCGCGUUUUAAUAUUGCUUGGAGCAACGAAGCGACUGUCGUCAGGGUGAACUGACGACAGUAGAAAUGAGAGAGUUUUAGUGCUGGGUUCCCGCGGGCUUGGGGGCGCGCGGGCCCUUGCGCUCUUUUGUAUUCUCGGUGGAUGCGGCUGGGCGUACAAAGGAACGCGUGCGUACGCAGGUGGCUUGGGGUCCCCAGUGCUAAAACUCUCUAUUGACGUGACGCUUCAAGGAAAAACGAGGGCAGUAGCAACGUCGAUAUUAUUACUUCGCGCACUAUUUGUGCAAAGACUCCCUGGACAUGAGCUUGUAUUCUCUUGAAUUUUAAUGUUUUCUGUUUACUGAGCUGGUUUAUUAAAAGUAAACGAGCAACUGACGAAUAAAUGGACGCUGGUGUGCAAAUACAGGACAUCCCAUGACGGGCUAUGUGAACUCGUUAGCUCGCGGAUCCAGAUGCUUCAUUGAUCAUCGGGGCAGGUGAGCUGAAACGGCACAAGCAAGCGUAGCAGUGUAGAUUCGAGUUUACGUACAGGGCUCUCACAUUAGUUUAACACCUUGAACAUAGCAAAGCACAAGCUACUGCUCGAAGUACAGUUUGCCGACACGGCGCUCUUAGGUCAAAUAUGUGUUUACACGUCUGCGGUUCUUUGGCAGGAUUAUUAGGCGCUUAUUUUAUAGCUAUUACUGACCGACCAUAGUAAUAGGACUGCUAUGGCGCUGAUAUACCAACUGUGCGAAGUUCUCGUCAUGCCAGAAUUGAGAUACACAGAAAGUGUUGCUUGAAAGAGGCGCCCAAAUUUUGCGUGCAACUUGCGUGCAGUGCGUGCAACUCUAACUGCGAAAACAUGUUUCCUGCAAAGCACGGCAAUCAAUGGCCUGCCAAUACGUGCGCUUUUAAUUAGCCACAUUUUCCCUAAUGAUAGCUCGAACGGAUGAAAUGGUAACAACUUUUGAGGCGAAAGCCUUGCAUGUCUCAUGGGAACGUGACCUUGAACGUGAGCGAAAUGAAGCAAGUCGAAGUGGUCUCAAGAUGCGCGUUCACUUCGUCUUUGCGGCCUUCGCGUGACUACACACAAGAAAAGAAUGAGAAAAAAAAAGGGGCGCCGUUUGUGUGAUAUCAAAUAGACACAUCAAAUGGCUUUCGCCUUCGAGUCGUCUUAAACCAAUGCACGAGAGACCCUGCGAGUUUUCUCCUAUGUCUUCCAAUAAUAAAACACGCUUUACGAACGUAGAGCAUUAGGUUCACUGAGAAGUACAAAGAUUACGCAUAUCUAUACUGUACGCAGUAAAUGGGGCACUAAAAACUAACUUAUUGGCUUCAAUUGCUAAAAAUGUUCCACAACUUACACCUAUGCUUUCACUAUUACGUGAUGUUACAACAACAAAAUUGCAGUGCUUUCAUUUGUUAAUCACAGCUUUACGACUGAACGCAUAUAGCCUGAACAUCUGUGAAUCUUAGCACCAUGGAAUGCAUUGUCGGUAUUGGCAAACGCACCAAGGUUGUACAGGCCGCACCAAGUAUAACCUAUAAGCAUUGCAAGUGUUUUGUUCAUAAAAUGUAAGCUCGGUAUUGAUUCACAAUUACCAUUAGGAAACUUGCGUUGUACGCCUUUUAGAUGCGAAGUAUCUUAAGGUCGAGCUCAAUCCGGCGGUGGUGGUGGUGGUGGUGAGCGGCGUGACCACCCUCACUGCGCAUGCGCAUACCCUCUCCACAUACCUCCUCUCCACUCCCCCUCACCAUUCCCCUUCCCCUCUACCCCUCUCCCCUUUCUCCUCUCCACUCACCCUCUCCCCAACCCCUCUCCACUUUCCCUCUCCCCUCCCCCUCUCCACUUUCCCUCUCCACUUCCCCUCUCCCCUCCCCAGUUUCCUCUCCCGACUCGCUUUCCCCCUUUCAUGCUCGCCCUCUCCCAUCCCCCUGCCGUUCCCCGCUCGCCCUGUGAGAAUUAACGGCCAGGCUAGAUGGAAGACACGACGCGCGUAGCGUCCCUCUUCGCGUUCCACGACACGAGGUCGGUAGCAUGCCCAACGAACGCCAACGGAACGCGAUCGUGCAAGUGCUCCGGCUUCGCAUCGCCUCAUGGUCCCCUUUAGCGGGAGAUGGUGUAAUUUAAUGACUGUCACUGGAUUCCUGUUUUGUCGUGUAGUGCUGAUGUGCUCUUGUACCUGCAUGUCCAACCUGUACGCCCACCUGCUAUGGUCUCGGAAAGAGAUGGGCAGUAUUGCAAAUAAAUAAAUAAAUAAAUAAAUAAAUAAAUAAAUAAAUAAAUAAAUAAAUAAAUAAAUAAAAUGUACACCAAAUUCGUAUAUCUGGGGUUUACGUGUGGUAAUGAGAUACAAUCACUGAAAGCAAGUGCUUAGCAUUAUCGCUUGCGUUUCGAAUGGGCACAUCGUCGUGGCUAAGUAAACAUAUUUUCGUUUUUUUUAAGCUUCAGCAGCAGCCACAAAGCAUUAUGUUGGAGUCAGCGAUGUAACUUAUGCAGGACAUUUCACUCUUGUUUUUUUUUUUUUUUUUGUACUCGCAUGCUUCAGUACAGAACCUAAAGCACUCAACAACACCACCACCAAUCAGAACACUUGCUGAUUUAGACUAGAAUCGAAAAGCUACACUAGGCAUUUUGCAACGAUGCACGUUUUCACUGUCCCGUAAAGUCAAAACAUGAUCUCACCAUUGUACUUGUUAUUUUCGUUAGCGAAAGAUCAUUUCGGAUUGUUUAAUAAACGAUUGGUUUGCUGUAAGUUUUUCUUUAAAUUUUUGUCACUGCCGGCCUACGCCUGUAGCAUCAUGUCAUUGCCAGAAGAGAGAGAGAGAGAGAAACAAAAAUGCACGUUUCUUCCACCGGGCUGCUCUUCAAGGACAGUUUAUAAAGGAAUAAAGUGGCUUUCUAUCUUUUAACGGUAAGAAAACGUUUCUGCGAAGGACCCACAUAGCACUGGCUGGAUGGCGCCCGCUCUGAACCAGUGCUGAAAUGUAUAUCGUACUCUUUAGUUUAUGAAGAAGUCUUUUCUGCACAACAAGCUUAGUGUUUUCUAAGCAACAAGCACUUGGCGGCUUGCACUACAGAAUGUACGGUACAUCAGCCGGUAUAUAUGCGCGGCAGGGGCGUAGCCAGAAAUUUUUUUCGGGGGGCGGGGGGGUUCAACCAUACUUUAUGUAUGUUUGUGCGUGCGUUUGUAUGUGUGCGUGUACACAUACAAACGCAAGCAAAAUUGAAAAUUUUCGGGGGGGGGGAAGGGUUGAACCCCCCCCCCCCCCCGGCUACGCCCCUGAUGCGCGGAUGGACCUGAUGACUGACUAAAUAUAGUAAGGGUGCGUGCAUGUGCGUGCGUGCGUGCGUGUGAGUAUGUAUGUACGUGUGUCUGUGAGAAAGAGGGAAUGAAAAGGAGAGCGAGACAGCCUUAUUAGGCUUAUUAAAACGGCUUCGUAGCAAAUUAACUCGCAGUAGGACGCCUAAAGCUUCUAAUGAAUGUUGCGAUUUCAAAAAAAAAAAAAAAAUAAUCGUAGCGGGCGAAAAGUGAUCUCGCUUUCCAAGAGCUUCUAAAUGGCUUAUAUUAUACUUGGUACUUGCUAAUGAAAGGUUUUUCAGCUUAUUUCCGACGUACGAAAGCUUUCGAAUCCAUGUCAACCAUUACUGCUGUUUUAUGGCCGCAUGUACCACACGAGCAAGCUUCCGUUUAAAUCUCGAUUUCUUUGGAGGAUCGAAGUUCGCGUAAAAUCGAAAAUUUUUCUCCGCGCGGACGCAGAACACAAUAUUUAUCGCACCACACCUCGUACUACGGACGUUUCUUCUUUAAAUUGUCACAUGUUUGUACGUUGUUUUGUAUCUUUUCAUUGAUUGUUUUCACCUGAUUGUCCCUGUAAUCAUGUUCUGAUCAACGUGAAAUAAAAAUGAAGAGUUGCACUGAUGACAGCAUGUUAGAAAUGGGUGUGGUUGUAAACUAACCUAUUCCGUCAUCCCCCCAAAAACGCAAUUUUGGUGCGUGAAAAAGCAGCAGUUUUUCGCUCGUGCUUUAUGUAACUUCAAUAUCGAUGAGCGUUUCGUAGCAUUCACCCAUUUGUACAAACAUCAAUUGUGCUUGAUUUGUGAUCACGUUGCUUGAAAGGUGGAGCGUUCGUAACACGUACGUGUUCACGAAGCAGAGAUCGAAUUUUUAUGCGCCUGAGAUGUCAGUGGUGACCAACAUUUGUACCUCCAAAUAAUUGAGAGAAAAAAAAAAGGAUGAUGGCUCCACAGGGACCGCAUUUUUUCAAGCUUUUAAGAAGUCAGUACUAUCGAUUUUUUUAAGACUGGCUAGACAAUAUAGGCUAUAAGCCCGUCAGGUCUAUUAGCCUAUAUUGUGCCGAGCCUGUAAACCAAUGGGUUAGGAAAGGUUAUAGCCAGGACCAUAUAUACCGUCUUAGAAGUCCGUACUGCGACUAUAUCAUUACCGGCGCCGAGUCACGCAUUAUGUGUUCUCAAUAUGAUUCCUUCAGUUCCUGAACUUCAAAGAAAGCUCCCCCCCACCCCCUUCAGAAGGAAGUACAAUCCGAGACAAAAGUAGACAUAGCUCUGUGCGGAAUUGCUGCUCUUUUGGAGUUAAAACCGGGUAGUCCUAUUGCGCGUUUGUGUGCGCGACGGUUUCGCCCCACAGCAUGACCAUCAUUACUCGGUGAAAGAGCGCUACUUGCAGACCACGGCAUACCGAAGCUUUACUACGCGCAUUUAUUGUAAGCAUCCCCGUGCACCAUACGCUGAACUGUUCCGUUGUUAAAUGUCCGCACUUGGACAGCAGAAGCAUGCAAAUAGUGCAGGCGAUAGCUCGCCGAGUUUAGAGACCAGUACCACGUAGGGGCGCACGAUAUAGAUUUUGCCGUCACAUCAAUUUUAUCUCCUUUUCUUUUGUCAAACAAAGUUACAGACAUAACGCAGUGUUGCUUUCUAACGUGAUAGCGUUAAAGAGCUCGUUGCGCAGAAAUUCCGGUGUCGGCGUCGUUGGUUGUGAGCGAAAAAUCACCGUUGUCCAUGAACGAAAAAUCGAGAAAGAUGCAAAUGAAAUAAAUAAUGAAAAUUUUCGGUUCACGUGAGAAUCGAACCUAGACCCUCUGCAUGGCAAGCAGGUGUUCUACCACAGAGCCACGCCAUUGCUUGAAAAUGCUUUCGAAAAAAAAAAAACACUAUAUGAAUGUCAUGUAGUGGGAUGUCAUGCCCUUAACGCAUGUAUUAUAGCGUGGAAGAACCGUAGAAUCGCGCCAGGCGUCAGAACAUGUGAAUUGCGCAACGAGCGGGUGUUUUAAUGGCCCACCCAUUACAAAGCGCUCAGACAUAUUUAAUCAUCAGCAGCAAAAGCAUCAACAAAGUGAGCAGCAGCGUAGGUUCACGUGUUGCCUGGACGCGCAGUGGGCCCUUCGCUGAUUCGCAAAAGGAAAGAUUAUGGUGUAGUGGGCACUUCGCAACUAUACUUGCAGUAGGCAUUCUAGGAUAGUUUGAAAGGGCCAAUGUUACGCGCAGAGACGUUCGUUUUCUUGUGGCAUGGUUGAGGCAUCCACCGAGUGAGAAGGCGACGCGCACGGGGCCCGAUUACGCUAUCGCGUUCAACUCUUCAAGCGAAGCUCAAACGUCCUCCAAGUGUUCCUUCUUUUCUUUUCUUUCUUUUCUUUCUUUCUUUUUUUUUUUUGCGCGUAAAGACAAGUUUAACAAGGCGCUGCGUAUCAACACUUCGUGGCAGGAAAACGACUAUGAGGUGUGCCCGGAAAGUAAUGACGCAGGGGCGUAGCCACGUUAGGGCACACCUGGGCCCGUGCCCCCCCCCCCCGAAAUUUUUUUUUGCCAUAGCAUAAAGAGCAGAAAAUGACACUCGACCACAUCUGCCUGCUCGUCCCCACUACAGAUCAAGGAGGUGCCCCCCCCCCCCCCCCCCGAAAAAAAUUUCUGCCUAUGCCCCUGUAAUGACGGUAUAUUAUAAAGCGUGAAAGCCCAUUUAUGUUAAGACGCCAACCGAAACACAUCAAUAUAUUCCAAAUAUACGCUUCCUGGGCGUCGGUACACCGCUGCAAGCGUUUCUGCCAAUAUUAUACUACACACCUCUGAUGGACAGCAAAUGGAGCAUUCUUUGGAAGAUAUCUAUAUCAUUGAGGACGCGGAGUACCUUAUCUCUCUCAAGGGACUGGAUAUUUCCAUGUUGAUAAAGGGUAUACAAUUUGCCCAGUUAUUCAAAAUGUUCAGUUGCGCAAUACGUGCUACAUUUUAUUACGCACCCUGAAAGAGACAACAGAGGGGGGGGGGGAGUGCUUCGUUUAGCAAAACUCGAGGACGCGGGUACGACUCCCGGCCACAGCCGAAUUCUGUAAUCAACGACGACCCACCGUCGACGGUGGCCGCAUAUCGAUGGGGGAGAAUUGUAAAAACACCCGGAGUCCUCCGCUACGUCGUGCGAUUCAUAUCGUGGUUUUGGCGAGAUAUCAUUAUUAUGCUCCGUCGCGCGGACAGCUCUCAGUACUGUUAAGCGAGCCUGCAGCUUCUAGCGCGCAAACGGAGCCAUGCUGAAUUUUGGCACCUCUUAUGUGGAAUAGAAGCGCAUUUACGCAUAAAAAUUCGAUCUCUCUUCAUCAUAACGUUGUUGUAUUUGUUGUCCUUGUGAACGCCUUCACUGCUCCAUUACUCCAGGAUUUUGUAAUUUGUACCGACUGAAUAAAGUCGAAUAGUGAGACGUAUAA